CGGACGCUACCGCGCAUGCGCGCGCCGGAGCGCCCCCACCCCCGUGCGCGUCCCCGCGGCCGCCCGGCCCCGCGCACGCGCAGUGUCGGGGCCGAGGCGGGUUCCGGCGGCGGCGGGGCCGCCCCGCCCUCUCUGCCCCGGGCCGCCAUCAUGGUGUUCAAGCGCUUCGUGGAGAUUGGCAGAGUUGCCUACAUCUCCUUCGGGCCACAUGCUGGCAAGCUGGUGGCCAUCGUGGAUGUUAUCGACCAAAAUAGGGCACUGGUUGAUGGCCCCUGCAGUGGUGUCAGGAGGCAGGCCAUGCCCUUCAAGUGCAUGCAGCUGACUGACUUUGUUCUUAAGUUCCCACACAGUGCUCGUCAGAAGUGUGUGCGACUUGCCUGGGAGAAAGAAAAUAUAAACGAAAAAUGGUCAGCGACAAGAUGGGCAAAGAAGAUUGAAGCCCGAGAAAAGAAAGCCAAAAUGACUGACUUCGAUCGCUACAAGGUUAUGAAAGCAAAGAAAAUGAGAAACAGAAUCAUCAAGCAUGAAAUGAAGAAGCUCCAGAGGUUGGCUUCUAAGAAAGGCAAGAAGCCAGAGAAGGCAGGGAAACCAGGGAAGGGAAAGAAGGCAGAGAAGGCACCGAAGGCAAAGAAACCAGAGAAGGCGGUGAAGAAACCAGAGAAGGCACAGAAGGCGCAGAAAUAAAUGAACUUCUCGUCAUGUAUAACUCUGUGUCCUUGUUCUGAUUUUAAAAUUACAAACAUCUGAUUUAAAUUCA